AUGUCCCGUGCCACUCGUUCCAGAGCUCUGAAAGAACUCAAACUGGCUGAUGCCGGAAGUAGAUCAACUGCGUCUAUCUUUCUUAACAGUUCCGACCAAGCACCCACAUCAGUCGAUGCAGACGAUGUAGGUUCCACUGCAGUUACAGAUGCAGCAGAACAGGGUGAAGCUGCGGAAGAAAACGAUGAUCCUUCCAAUUACAUUUUCCCCCUCUACGUGAUAUACACAAUCCAGGACUUCCUCAAUGAUAACAUGACACCCCGUGCAUUCGUACAGUGGCUUAUUGUAUUAUAUACUGCUAAUUUGAUAUACAUGAACCAUUUAGAAUUGCUUUUAGAGAAUUAUCAAGUGAUCGGGUUCAACUUCCUCGGGGUUACUCUUGCUUUGAUCUUGGCUCAUUACUCUGCGCUGAAGAGUCAUCUGCGGAAUUUCGAAAACCCAGCUCCAUCAUUGCCAGAAUUCAAUCACCUUUACUCGAUUGUUCUUCCUACUGGGUUGACGUUAUUAUCUUGGCCACAAGACAUGCUCUUGAACUUAUCUUUAAACUAUUUUACUAUUGACCAGUUACCACUUUUGGCAAGAGUAGUAUUGACUUUUAUGUAUUACUACGUCUACACCGAUGAAUCUGUUGUCCCAUUUAAAGUCCUUCAAAGUAUCGCUUGUUACGUGGUGAUAAACCACAUACUCACCUUCGUAAGCUCAGGAAAUGAAGGCACGGCACAUGAAGUUCCAGAAAUCUUAGAAAAGGAAGACGACAAGGAAGAAUUACUAAAAAUUGAAGACUCAAAACAUCGGAUUGGAACAGGUGAAUCUUUACAAAAAUCUGAAAUACAUUUGUUAACACUUCUAGCUGUUAAACUAUUGGUCAACAACUUCCCAGUCGUUUCAAGUAAAUUACCCGAGGAGAAUAUCUAUAUUCCAUUAAUCAUCUUGCAGAAGCUUUUCAUUGCAUUGAUAGUUUCUGGAGCGGUUACUUGGCCAUUCUGCAAGUAUUAUCAAAACAUUGACCUAGUUACUGAUAAUGCGUUCCUUUCCAGUCGUUCAAUCAUUUGUCUGCUCCUAAUUGCCAUGUUCGGUGCCCUUUUCGUCUUGCUCAGUAACUAUCAAUUGGAUCCUAUUUUAGGUCAACUGCCUAUCUUCUGGUUACAUGAUUACAUCACGAAGUCUGAAGAAAGAUUGCAUUUAAUCAAAAUAUGGCUGUCUAUUUUAGUAUUUUCGAUCUCUGUCAUAUUCAUUCUGUCUUAUAAAUUGCUGCUUAACUCAAGAAGAAAGAUUUGGCACUCGGUUAUCUUGUUUAUUUUGUUGGUUUCUCAACCAUUGAUUAAUCAACCAAUAUUUACUUUAAUUGCGUUGUUUGGGUCAUUCAUUGUUUUGCUUCUUGUUGAGUUAGUCAGGUACAACAGGUUGACUUUUAUCGGUGAAGCAUUGUAUAAUCAAUUGAUUGUAUUUCAAGACUCUAAGGAUCUUAAAGGUCCAUUGAAUUGUUCAUACAUAUUUUUGUUGUUAGGGAUUACCAUUCCAAUUGUUCUUGAUUUCUACGAACACGGAGCAAUCACUGUUUUCAGUUACUUGGGAAUAGUCUACUUGGGUAUUGGUGACUCCACGGCUUCUAUAAUCGGUAAAAGUUUCGGUACUUUGAAAUGGACUGGAAGCUACAAAAGUAUACAAGGAACUUUAGCAUUUUUUGUUAUUACCCUAGUUUCGUUCUUUGGAUUGGAAUACUUCUUAGCAGUGCAAUUCGAUUGGGAAAGUAUUUUCAUUACCUGUAUUAUUGGAUCUUUAUUGGAAGGCUCAAGUGACAUGAACGACAACCUUUUGAUUCCAUGUUACACAUCGCUUGCAUUAAAGGCACUUACUCUGACUAAACCAGUCUAA